AUGGACGAUAGUUGCGUGGAGGCUACGUCCAUGUGGAGCUGGUUAGCAAUCGUCGUGGACAAGAAGGUGGAGACUGCUACUUGGUUCGAGCCACUGGAGGAUAGUUACAUUGGUGCAAACAAAGAAAUCUUGGGUUGGGCCUGUGGCAGGAGGAUGAAUAGCGAGAAUGACAAUUCGGCUGCCUAACGAAAAUGCCCGGUUUCCACUCCACAACCGUCGCCACAUGGGAUGGUGAGCACUCAAUCGUAGCGUUGAAACAAACACCUCUAUUUUUGCUCUAGGUAGACAUCAUCAAUUCAACAUCGAUGCGGCAAGAGCGGCGAUCUGUGUGUUUCAAAACCUCGACACGGCAUCACUCCCG